AACACAAUCUCCAUAGAUUCAAUUAUCUUUCUUCUUCGUUUUCCCUCACUUUCCCAGUCAACAAAUUUUUCCGGAAAAUAAAACAAACAAACAAAGAAGAAAAAUCUCCCGGAAUCGAAAAACCUUCCUUCCGUGUUCGAACGAUUUCAGCGAAGAUGUGGAACCAACCGUUCGGAAAAACCGAUUUAGAAAGUGGUGGUGGAGCGAGACCACUGUACCCUAUGAUGCUCGAGAGUCCCGAACUUCGGUGGUCCUUCAUUAGGAAGGUCUACAUUAUAAUCGCCUUUCAGCUGCUCGCUACGAUCGCUGUUGGCGCCGUCGUCGUCUCCGUCCAUCCCAUCGCACUCUUCUUCGCCGGCACCGGUGCUGGUUUGGCACUCUACAUCGUUCUCAUCUUUGUCCCCUUCAUCACGUUGUGCCCUCUUUACUAUUAUUACCAGAAGCAUCCGGUGAAUUAUUUGCUGUUAGGGAUUUUCACUGUUUCGCUUGCUUUCGUUGUUGGAUUGACUUGUGCCUUUACUAGCGGGAAAGUGAUUCUGGAGUCUGUCAUAUUGACUACUGUGGUGGUGGUUGCCUUGACUCUCUACACAUUCUGGGCUGCAAGGAGAGGCCAUGAUUUCAACUUCCUUGGUCCCUUCUUGUUCGGCGCCGUGCUCGUUCUUAUGGUCUUUGCAUUCAUUCAGAUUCUCUUCCCACUGGGUAAGCUCUCUGUUAUGAUCUAUGGAUGCUUGGCAUCAAUUAUAUUUUGUGGCUACAUCAUAUAUGACACAGACAACCUUAUCAAGAGAUACUCGUACGAUGAAUACAUUUGGGCUUCGGUUUCAUUAUAUUUGGAUGUCAUCAAUCUUUUCCUUUCUUUGCUAAGCAUUUUCAGAGCUGCUGAGAGCUAAACUUGAGGACUUGUUUCAUCUAUGCUGCUAUUUUGUUUACCCAUUUCCUUGGCACAUGUUUCUUGUGUAUGGGAAAGGGUAUUUUUUGGGGACAAAUAGGAUUCUUAUUUUGGAUAAUAAAUGUGUGGCUUUGGCAAGUUCAUUGUAUCAAACACAUUUAUCAAGACUGAAUACUGUUUAUAAAAUUAUGUAUUUUACUGAAUUGUAAAUAAAUUCAUGAUUUGUAUUUUGCAA